AAGAAGGGCGUAUGUGCUCGCUCGCUGUCUUCUCUUAUCCCUCGUCAUUUCAUUUAUCAAUCAAUCUCUCUGAGUCACAGCAAUGGGGAUCACCGGAACUCUGAGUUCAGACCAGUUCGACUCGUUCAAUUCUCAAGGAUAUCUUGUGAUCGAAUCAUUUGCUAACCCUGAAGAUAUCGAAUCCAUGAUGAAGAGGAUGGAUAAGUUACUUGAUGAUUUUGAUUACACUAACGUCUCUGUUUUCUCUACUAAGAAUCAGCGAAAGGUUACUGAUGAUUACUUCUACCAGAGUGCUGAGAAUAUUUCUUUUUUCUUUGAAGAAAAAGCAUUUGGGGAUGAUGGAAGCUUAAAGCAACCAAAGCAACUAUCUAUUAACAAAGUGGGGCACGCCCUCCAUGAGCUUGACCCGGUGUUCAAAGGCUUCUCUAGCUCUGAGAAAUGUUCUGGUUUGUUAUCAUCGUUAGGUUACAAGAAACCAGUGAUCAUUCAGUCCAUGUACAUUUUUAAGCAACCAGGUAUUGGAGGUGAAGUAGUGCCACACCAGGAUAAUUCAUUUCUGUAUACUGAACCAACUACUUGCACGGGGAUGUGGCUGGCUCUGGAAGAUGCAACUCUACUAAACGGUUGCCUUUGGGCCAUUCCUGGAUCUCACAAAAAUGGCUUGGUCAGAAGGUUUCUUAGAGGGGAAAAUGGGGUGUACUUUGAUCAGCCUUCCCCUUCUUAUGACCAAAAGGAUUUUGUGCCUAUAGAAGUGAAAGCUGGUUCUUUGGUUCUCAUUCAUGGAGAUCUUAUCCAUCAAAGUUUUGAGAAUCAGUCCUCGAAAUCAAGGCAUGCCUACAGCUGGCAUGUGGUGGAUACUGAUGGCUGUAAAUGGGCGCCAGAGAAUUGGAUUAGAAGAAAAGUGGAGCCAGAGCCUCUAUAUGCAUCUUGAUCUUGCCUAACAGAUAAGAGUAUGAUCAAGUUUAAUAAAGUUGUCGUGUGAAUUUCAAUGUGCCUUUCAUAUUUGCUUGUCUGCAACAUGUAAAAUCGGGUCCGUGAGACCAUAAAUAACUUGUUAGCUGUAACUCCUGCUGCUAUUCAAAUAUUUAUUCCAGAAGCAGGUUGCCCUUUUUCUUCU